GCCGGGACAGGACGAAGAAGAAACUGUUACAAAAACCGAACACUCUCUUCUCUUCACUCAUUCACUCUGCUCUCACACCAUGGACCCUCCCGCAACCUACAUUUCCUCCUCCGAACUCCGCAAACACAACACGCGCAACGACGCGUGGAUCUCAAUCCAUGGCAAAAUCUACGACGUCUCCUCCUGGCUCCACCGCCAUCCCGGCGGCGCCCUCCCGCUUCUCACCGUUGCCGGCACAGACGCCACUGACGCCUUCCUCGCCUUCCACCCGCCCUCCUCCGCCGCCGCCCUCCUCCCCGCAUUUUCCACUAGCCACCUCCUCUCUGACUACGCCGUCUCUGCCGCCUCCUCCGACUACCGGAAGCUCCACUCCAAGCUCUCCGAACUCAACCUCUUCGAACGCAAGGGCCACACCACCCUCAUCUUGCUCUCCCUCAUCCUCACCCUCCUCCCUCUCUGCGUCUGCGGCGUCGUCUUCUCCGACAGCACGUUCGUGCACUUGCUCUCCGGCGCCUUGAUCGGCUUCCUCUGGAUUCAGAGCGGCUGGAUUGGCCAUGACUCCGGUCACUACAACGUCAUGCUCAAUCGCCGCUUUAACCGCGUAGCUCAGAUCCUUUCCGGCAACGUUCUCGCCGGAAUCAGCAUUGCCUGGUGGAAGUGGAACCACAACGCGCACCACAUUGCGUGCAACAGCCUCGACUUCGACCCCGAUCUUCAGCACCUACCCUUCUUCGUGGUCUCGUCUAAGUUUUUCAACUCUCUGACUUCCCAAUUUUACGAUAGAAAGCUCAAUUUCGAUUCCCUCGCUAGGUUUUUGGUCAGUUAUCAGCAUUGGACUUACUACCCCGUCAUGUGCUUCGCCAGGGUUAACCUUUUUGCUCAGUCUUUUUUCCUUUUGUUGUCGAACAGAAAAGUGGAGAGCAGAGGAAUUGAGCUUUUAGGGUUGCUUGCGUUUUGGGUUUGGUACCCUUUAUUGGUCUCUUUUUUGCCAAAUUGGUGGGAGAGGGUUUUGUUCGUUGUGGUAAGCUUUUCUGUGACGGGUAUUCAGCAUGUGCAGUUUUGCUUAAACCAUUUCUCUUCCAAAGUUUACCUUGGUCCUCCAAGUGGUGGUGAUUGGUUUGAGAAGCAGACUAAUGGGACUCUUGAUGUCAGCUGUUCUGCUUGGAUGGACUGGUUUCACGGUGGCCUGCAGUUUCAGGUGGAGCACCAUUUGUUUCCCCGGCUGCCGCGCUGCCAUCUGAGGAAGAUCGCGCCUUUGGUUAAGGAUCUGUGCAAGAAGCAUAACCUUCCCUACAAUUGUGUGUCCUUUUGGAAGGCCAAUGUGCUCACUAUUCAGACACUGCGAAACGCGGCGUUGCAGGCCAGGGAUGGAUCUGGGCCGGCUCCCAAGAAUUUGGUUUGGGAGGCUGUUAACACCCAUGGAUGAAUGGGGACGACUUCAGCGGAGCUUCGUGUGAUUUUGCUGUCGCUGAUGGUUUGGUUGAUGAAGGUGCUUCGAUACAGUUUCAUAGAGGCUUCUGGAGUUGUUUUCUCUUCAGAAUUGGGGUUUUACUUUGGUAAUCUGCGUAACAAUGGUUUCCGUUAACGUUUGGCAUAGAUUGCUGAAAUAGAAUUUCAAUUUUUGAUUGGAGAACAGUGCUAAAAGAACUUGGUAAACUGUAUUUAUAUUUUGUUUGGUGGGUAAUCCUUGGAUCUAAAAAGAGAAUAAUUGAUUUGCAAAUUGGUUAGAUGCUUCGGAUACUCGUUGUCUUGGUAGCGGGUUUGGCUAAUCUCAUUUUGGAAAUCGUUAAGAAAGAAACGACUGAUACUGGUCAUGCGUGGUUAAGUAUAGUACUCAUUCUUGUUAUGUUCAGCACUUCAUGCUUGAGAAUGAGAUGUAAACACUGUUUAUUUAUUUAUUUAUUUUGCUUUGGUCUUUGGCAGUUUUAUUUCAUUAUGUGCCCGAUGAUCUCUCUAUUACUACAUAACCAUCUGUGUUAUGCCUUGGAAUUCAUUGUCAUUUGGAGCAAGUAAUGUACUCUAUGUUAAAUUUUCUGAAUGUCA